UAGUUUACGUCACUCCCGAAGUUGUUGUUGUUCUUCAUGUAAACAAACACUGUCUGGAGGUGGAGGACUGGCCUUGGUGAUUGAUCAUCUCUUCAUACCUCGAGUGGUUAUAGUGCUGAUCUUAGGCUUGUCAGCACUUGCUGCAUUUGGAUCCAUUAUUGGAGACUGGACUGAGCCUAUAUUAGCAAAGCCACUUAAGAAAGUCAAGCUUUAAGAAACAAAGAUUCUCUCUGUGGCUCUUAUAAUAUUGAUGGAGAAAGGUUUGAUUAGUACAAAACAAUAUUGGUAAAUAACACCAGAGCUAGCUGAGACUGUGUAAGUAAGUUUAAUAGUCUUACUUGUACACUGUAAAUUUUUGCCUCCUAACAAUAUGACUUCCAACCCAGCCAUGUGCAAGUUUCUACAGAGGAUCCCAGUUAGGAGUCUCCUGAGUAUUUCUACUCAAGGACAGCUUGUAACAGCUUCCCCUGGAAGCAGGAACUUCCAUCAAAGUGAACCCCUAAUGGAUAUAUUUGAAAUACAAAAUGAAGAUGAGUUCAAGAAUAAAGUCAUGAGAAACUCACUGCCUGUAAUUGUUAAUUUUCAUGCAGACUGGUGUGAGCCAUGUCACUCCCUCAGGCCUUUAUUGAAGAAAAUUGCAACUGAAAACGUUGGUCAACUGCAUCUUGCAGAGGUACUGGUGGAUGAGCAUGCAGAGCUUCUUCAAGCGUUUGAAGUUACAGCGGUACCGGCUGUACUGGGAAUUCACCGAGGGAUGGUUAUUGAGAAAUUUGUUGGUCUUGUGACUCAUAAGGAAGUUAAAGGAUUUGUAGAGAAAUUGUUACAUAAAAACUCUGAGUGAAGUAUAUAUCCCUAGAGCAAUAUUUUAGUCAUGUUUAUUGUACUGUAGUGCCAUAUUUUACUGUAGGACGGCCAUGAUGAAUUACUAUGAAAGACAUAAUGAAAAUCUUUUGAUAGAAGUACAGAUUUGGGUAUUUUAAAGUUUGUCUUCCAUAAAUGAAAUGUGUCCAUAUACGGUAUAUAUAUAUAUAUAUAUAUAUAUAUAUAUAUAUAUAUAUAUAUAUAUAUAUAUAUAUAUAUAUUCUAAUUAACAUGGAUUAUUUAGAACACAAAGUGAUCAUCUUUGGAGCCUUUAAUGGAGAGACCAGUCUCAAUAUAGUACUGUAAGUGUUGAUAGCAUGCUGUAAAAUAAUGUAUAGAUUUUUGUUUGUUGUAAAAAAUAUCCUUGGUUUACAGUACAGGUUGUACCUCUCUAGUCCGGCAACCUCGGGACAUGACCGGUGCCGGACCAUGGAAAUUCACCUUUUUCCUGGAUAGAUAGUGACUUGUGCUUAUGCUUGGAAGCA